AUGGAGUACGUCACGAUACCAACUGAAAUAGCGAGGAGCGCAACUGCGUGUAAGGAAAUUUUGGACAUGCAUGCCCCGAAGGAGCAUGCAUGGAUUCGAUCGGCGCAACUCGACUUCAACCUUUGGUGCUGCGCUAUCAAAGCCACAUCACUUGACAAAUCGGGGAUGGAUCACAGGUUAAGGAACUAUCCAGAUGCACGAGAGUCAAUUUGCAAUCUUCUCGAUGCUUUGAAAACUUCUGUUGAAGGAGCAGUGGGCAUCUAUAGUGGGACUUCGAAAGAACUUGAAGAUGACAAGUCAGAAGAUGAUAUUCCUCAGUUAGUGGACGAGAAUGACGCAGAAGCCCCUGCUUGGGAGGGAGAGUUAGAGGACUCGGAUAGCACACAGGAAUCUGACGAAGUACAGUCUUCCUCGACAAAAUCAGAGGCGUUAUUUAAUGAGGAAUCCGAGAGUGAAGACAAUGCUUUGAGCAACUCCGGUUCAACCUCGACCAAUAAUUCAGUUCUUGAAGAAUACAUCUCAUAUGUCAGAACGAUUCUAGACCAACUGACAAGAAUAUCCCUCACCAUCCGGAGAGCCGGCGCCAAGUAUCGGUUUGAGAGAGCAGACAAGGCCUUGAAGGAGACAGAAGAAGUUAAAGCAUUCCGUCAGCAUCUUACAACAAUCAUCAACUCUGGAUUUCCCGACAAAGAUGCCGAGGGCUUGCCGGCCACGGAAAAGAUGAAACGAGUCUAUGAUGACAGCAAAUUCAGCCCCGUCAAGUUGAAAUUGAUACGUGCAAAUAUUCUCCGUAGACAUCGCAUUGAGUAUUUCACCAAAGCACGAGCUAGAACGCAUGCUCCAGUAGAGGUGCCAGAGGAAGUCCAGGUGCAGAAGCCUGACAAGACUCCAGCUGCGGUGGAUAACGCUCCUCCUACGAGCAUUGUAUCUUCGAAAGAAAAAGAAAGUCAGCCAGUCACCCCAAUUGCUCCUCAAGCGCAUGAGGCGCCAGCCGAAAGGACCCGCUCAAUCUACACUGCCGCAGUAACGGCGACCGAUGUUGGCCCGAAUUUUGAUACUACGGAUCUAUCCGCGAAUAAGACGCCAUCAAGGAUAACCAGGGUGACAAAGAUUGGGGGAUCGCAGGCCUAUCCGGGGUGUCCAAAGCCCCUGCCAAAUGGGACACUAAUCUGUCCGUACUGCAAUGAUAAACUGCCAGACUCGUAUGCGAAGAAUGAACAAAGUUGGAAAGCACACGUCGCUCAAGAUAUUCUCCCCUACUCGUGCAUUAUGGAAGAGUGCAGCAACGAUGAUGAGAUGUACCUCAAGGCAGAUCAGCUACUUGCGCAUAUGAGAGCGAAACAUUCUUCAACAAAAUGGACUUGCAAUCCUUGCUCGACCCACACCAAACAGGCCUCCGAAUUCGAUCAGUCUGAUCCACAAGUUCUAGUUUUCUUUGACAGUGCCGAAAGCUGGCAGGCCCACACAGAACAAGAGCAUGGGAACCUUGGACCAGCGCCCCAGCGAGAUAUCCUCAUGGAACUCAGCAAGCGACAACUCAUUGGCCCGCUGGUGUGUCCGCUAUGUAAAACAGAGCCCACGGAGCCGAGGACAGGCAUCGACGAGCACAUAUUGAAGCACUUACACGAGUUCGCGCUUCGAGCGCUUCCUGGAGAUGCCGGAUCAGCGAAUGAGAAAGAAAGCACUACGUUUCAGGUAUCGAGUAGCGCCAAUCUACUCUCGUAUACGACAGACAGUUGGACUGCCAAUGUCGGUACUCCAGGUGAUGAAUUCAUCCGCUAUAAAAUGGUGAUGGAAAUAUUUGACGGCCUCGAACCAAGAUUGGAAAGAUUCGAACCGGAAUUCAGUGAGCAAGCCCGAACAGGCCUGAGAAGAUGUCGGAAUAUCAUGACAUCUCAAUAUCAUGACCCUAACAACAGAAUUCAAAUUUAUGAUCCUUCAAUCAUCAAUCUACUGGAAGUUUACCACAUAUUUAGCAACACUGAUAAAAUUCCACGGAUUCAAGACCAACCAUAUCCGCCACACAACAUCACCCUUGAGAUGGAGCAGGAUAUUUUAAAUGCAGCUUUGGAGCGAAUUUUUGACAUGAACGAUAGCGGAAUAGCAGCUACAGAAGAUUUUCUGAAUCUUCUCGAAAGAAAGGUCAAGUAUCCCAUCGAUUUACCUCUUCCGUCUCCCAGCCCAGACCGAGUCGACAUUGAAGACAUUGCAGAAAGGAUAGACACUGGCUUGACCAAAGACACCGAUCUGACCAGGCAUUCUAACAAGUACAAAAACAGCCCUAUGCCUCUUGGCGAAGAAUUCAAGAAGCCCACAAAGGAUGCCAUUGGACUUGUUAGAGAAUUGAGUCUCCUGCCAAAUAUCAUACUCACUGGGCGUGAUCCUGACAAGAUCACCAAGACUACAGUAAAGCUAGUCAAUGAGUUGAAAAGGCAGGUAGAAGAUUGGUCAAUUCUCUGGGUUGACGCUCGAAGCGUAGCUUCCAUCCAGAAGUCAUGCGUGCAGAUCCUCGAAACCCUCAUCGGAACGGAACUCAGAGAUGGAUCAAGAUAUGAAAUUUCUAGAUAUGGGGCCAAGGCACUUUUCCACUACCUCUCUUGGACGUAUGAGGGUCUUUGGAUUAUGGUCUUUGAUGGAUUAGAGGCAGAUGGGGCAAUAUAUCUCCGACUGGAGAAUAUGUUCCCUCGUUCUUGUGCCGGAACACUCAUAAUAUCCACGACUGACCCUACAUCCGCCCAGUUGCUUGGCCUGGCAGAAGUUAUUCAACUUCCCGAAGCAGAUAGUUCUCUGAUGGUCGACCUGAUCAACGACAUCGAUCUGAAGAAGUUGAAGGUCGUGAUGGAGGCACAGUUUGACUCAUUCUCUGACCAAGACGAAGUCCAAUGCCUCCCAGGCACUAGGACCGAGCUCCUUCAGCAAAUAAUGGAAUGGGCUAUGUCGCCGUCCCAAAAAAGCAUUUUCUGGCUAAAGGGAAUGGCUGGGACAGGAAAAUCCACAAUAUCUCGAACUGUGGCAAGGUCACUCAAGAACACCAACCAUCUAGGUGCCAGCUUCUUCUUUAAGCGGGGUGGAGGGGACGCAGGGAACGCGAAGAAGUUUUUCCCGACAUUGACAGGGCAACUGAUGCUCAGGAUCUCUGGACUAAGAUAUGGCGUGCAAAAGGUGCUCAAUCAUGACCCUAAUAUUGCUUCAAAAUCACUCAGUGAGCAGUUUGAGAAACUACUCCUUCAACCACUGCUUAAUCUUGACCGACUCAGUGGACAACGUCAAACCGCUGUGAUGGUUAUUGACGCAUUAGAUGAAUGUGAACAUGAUCAAGAUGUCCAGAUUAUAAUUCAACUACUGCCUCUUCUACAGAAGGUAGAAGCAGUUCAUCUUCGGAUCUUCGUGACUAGCAGACCUGAACUGCCAAUUCGCCAUGGCUUUUCAAAGGUCGCGGAUCAUGAAUAUCAGGACCUAGCUCUUCAUGAGAUACCCGAAGAAGUGACAGAACAUGAUAUAAAUUUAUUUCUACAAGACCGAUUUGCAAAGAUUAAACACGACAGAAAUAUUUCGCAAGACUGGCCUGGCGAUGAUGUCAUCCAAGAAUUGGUUACAAUGUCUUUUCCACUUUUUAGCUCGGCUGCCACAGUAUGUCGUUACAUCGAGAAUUCAAAAUGGGAACCUAAAUUGCGCCUUGCAGAGCUUCUCUCGGACCAAGCCAAAUAUGUAUCAAGAAUGGAUAAGAUAUACCUACCAAUUCUAGAACGACUGCUAGACGACCAAGAAGGUGAUGAGUCAGAGCAGCAGCAGCUCCUGAAAGAGUUCCAGAUAAUGGUCGGUGUCAUCAUCCUUCUUGCUGUUCCGCUUUCUAUAAAUGCGCUAUCAUUAUUCCUGGAAAUAGGAGCAGACCAGAUCAGCAAUCUACUUGAAUCAUUUCGAUCUGUUUUAAGCGUUCCUAGUGAUCGAGACCAGCCUGUGAGGAUUCUGCAUCUAUCAUUUCGGGACUUUGUGGUCCAGCCUGGAACCAAGUUCUCUGUAGAUAGGGCGCAGAAGCACAAAGAAAUUGCUAAGUUGUGCCUUAAAACUAUGCGACGUUGUUUACAGAGAGAUAUCUGCCAUCUAGAAGGCCCUGGAACGCGUAGAGCAGACAUCGACGCUCAACAUAUCCGCCGAUGUAUACCAGCGGAAUUACAAUACUCUUGUCGCUACUGGAUAUACCAUCUCGAGCAGAGUAACGCCAUAUCUUCUAAUAUAGAAGAUGUGCGACUUUUUCUCCAGGAACAUUUUCUACAUUGGGUAGAAACGAUAGCCCUACUUGGCCUCAUAUCAGAGGUGGUGGGUAUGCUUGAUCUUCUGCACAUGGCUAUACCAGGCGAUGAUAAUUCUGUAUUAUCUAAUUUUGUGCAUGAUGGAAAGCGCUUUAUUCUUAAAAAUCGCCAGAUAGCCGAUGAAGUACCACUUCAAAUUUAUUGCGCAGGAUUGGUAUUUGCACCUCGAACGGCAAUAAUUCGUACAGUGUUCAACCGAGACAUUCCUAGCUGGAUAUGCCGGCUGCCACAAGUUAACGAAAGAUGGAGUGCAGAAUUACAGACUCUCGAGGGUCAUUCUAGCUCAGUUUCAUCAGUAGCCUUCUCUCCUGACGGCCGGCUACUGGCGUCCAGUUCUUUUGACCAGACAGUGCGGCUCUGGGAUACAGCAACAGGUAGUCUACAGCAGACUCUUGAGGAUCAUUCUGGCUCGGUUUUAUCAGUAGCCUUCUCUCUUAACGGCCGGCUACUAGCAUCCGGCUCUCAGGACAAGACAGUACGCCUUUGGGACACAGCGACAGGUUGUCUACAGCAGACUCUUGAGGGUCAUUCUAGCUCAGUUUCAUCAGUAGCCUUCUCUCCUGACGGCCGGAUACUGGCAUCCGGCUCUUGGGACAAGACAGUGCGCCUUUGGGACACUGCGACAGGCGCUCUACAGCAGACUCUCAAAGGCCACUCUGACUCAGUUUCGUCAGUGGCCUUCUCUCCUGACGGCCGGCUACUGGCAUCCGGCUCUCGGGACAAGACAGUGCGCCUUUGGGACACAGCGACAGGUUGUCUACAGCAAACUCUUAAGGGUCAUUCUGGCUCAGUUUCAUCAGUAGCCUUCUCUCCUGACGGCCGGCUACUGGCAUCCGGCUCUCAGGACAAGACAGUGCGCCUUUGGGACACAGCGACAGGCGCUCUACAGCAAACUCUCGAGGGCCAUUCUGACUCAGUUUCGUCAGUGGCCUUCUCGCCUGAUGGCCGACUGCUGGCGUCCGGCGCUGGUGACGAGACAGUACGCCUUUGGGACACAGCGACAGGCGCUCUACAACAGACUCUCGAGGGCCACUCUGACUCGGUUUCGUCAGUGGCCUUCUCUCCUGAUGGCCGGCUACUGGCGUCCAGUUCUUUUGACCAGACAGUACGCCUUUGGGAAACAGCGACAGGCGCUCUACAACAGACUCUCGAGGGCCACUCUGACUCGGUUUCGUCAGUGGCCUUCUCUCCUGAUGGCCGGCUACUGGCGUCCAGUUCUUUUGACCAGACAGUACGCCUUUGGGACACAGCGACAGGUGCUCUACAACAGACUCUCGAGGGCCACUCUGACUCGGUUUCGUCAGUGGCCUUCUCGCCUGAUGGCCGACUGCUGGCGUCCGGCGCUGGUGACGAGACAGUACGCCUUUGGGACACAGCGACAGGCGCUCUACAGCAGACUCUCGAGGGCCAUUCUGGCUGGGUUUAUUCAGUGGCCUUCUCGCCUGAUGGCCGGCUGCUGGCGUCCAGCGCUGGUGACAAGACAGUACGCCUUUGGGACACAGCGACAGACGCUCUACAGCAGACUCUCAAUGGCCACUCUGGCUCAGUUUCGUCAGUGGCCUUCUCUCCUGACGGCCGGCUACUAGCAUCCGGCUCUCAGGACAAGACAGUGCGCCUUUGGGACACAGCGACAGGUGGUCUACAUGAGACCUUGACCACCAAGGGAAUCGUCACAGAACUCGAAUUUUCACAAGAUAGGUCAUAUAUCAACACCAACCUAGGAUUGCUCAGGAUGCAAUCCGGGAAUGGCAAUAAUAUCUCCAGGCCACCCAAAACAAAUCCAAAUAUAUUUCUGGAAGGGCGGAACUGGGUGGUUCUAAAUGGUAAACAAGUACUAUGGCUUCCUCCUGAGACUAGGCCUUCUUGUUCAGCAAUAAAAUCAAAUAUGCUCGCUCUGGGACAUGCGUCAGGUCGGAUUUCCUUCAUAGGAUUUCGGGUAUAG